CGCCAGGGGGCGCUGCCGCCUCGCCUCGAGCCAAGAUGGCGGCGGCCGCGCGCGCGCUGAGGGUCCUUCCCCGUGCCCUCCAUGUCCCCAGCGCCACCCGGCAGCUCCACACCACCCCUGCCUGCCUCAAGACGCGGGCGGCGCGGGUGCGCGUGGGCAAGGGUGACAAGAUGGUGACCUACGAGCAGGCGCACGCCCCCCACUACAUCGGCCACCGCAAGGGCUGGCUGUCCCUGCACACCGGGAACCUGUGCGGCGAGGCGGGCGCGGCGCGGCGGGCUCUGGAGGACGCGUUCCUGCGGCGGUUCCUGCACGGGACGUUCCCGGGGCUGCUGGCGGACGAGGUGGUGCUGAAGCGCCGCGGGAACCUGCUGGUGAUCUGCGCCCUGCUGGGCCGGGCGCUGCCGCCCCACAAGCUCUACUUCCUGCAGGGCUACAGCGAGACCCUGCUGGGGCACUUCUACAAGUGCCCCGUGCGCCUGGAGCUGCAGACCGUGCCCGCACGCGUGCCCUACAAGUACCUGUAGGGCCGGGAAUAAACCUAUAGCCUUGAACACGAGUGCUCUGGGUUGUGCCAGCUGUGCCCUACAAGUACCUGUAGGGCCGGGAAUAAACCCUAGCCUUGAACACGAGUGCUCUGUAAAUGUCCCUGUGGAAUGCUCUGGGGUGUGUCCACUGUGCCCCACAAGUACCUGUAGGGCUGGGAAUAAACCCAUAGCCUGAACAGGAGUGCUCUGGGAUGUGCCAGCUGUGCCCUCCAAGUACCUGUAGGGCCAGGAAUAAACCCAUAGCCUUGAACACGAGUGCUCUGGGGUCUGCCAACUGUGCCCCACAAGUACCUGUAGGGCUGGGAAUAAACCCAUAAACCUUUAUCAGGAA